UCAUGUUUCCCUUUUUCCCAGGUGAUUCCCCGCUCACUGAUUCUCCCACCACUGCGAGGAGUGACAAGCAAAGGCCACCGAGAUGGCCGGGGCUUCGGUGAAGGUGGCGGUGAGGGUCCGCCCCUUCAAUUCCCGGGAAAUGAGCCGUGACUCCAAGUGCAUCAUUCAGAUGUCUGGAAGCACCACCACCAUCAUUAACCCCAAACAGCCCAAGGAGACUCCCAAAAGCUUCAGCUUCGACUACUCCUACUGGUCACACACGUCGCCCGAGGACAUCAACUACGCCUCGCAGAAGCAGGUGUACCGGGACAUCGGUGAGGAGAUGCUGCAGCACGCCUUUGAGGGGUACAACGUGUGCAUCUUCGCCUACGGGCAGACGGGCGCCGGCAAGUCCUACACCAUGAUGGGCAAGCAAGAGAAGGACCAGCAGGGCAUCAUCCCGCAGCUCUGCGAGGACCUCUUCUCUCGGAUCAAUGACACCAGCAAUGACAACAUGUCCUACUCCGUGGAGGUCAGCUACAUGGAGAUUUACUGUGAGCGUGUCCGUGAUCUCCUGAACCCCAAGAACAAGGGGAACCUGCGGGUAAGGGAGCACCCGCUGCUGGGGCCCUACGUGGAGGACCUCUCCAAGCUGGCUGUCACCUCCUACAAUGACAUCCAGGACCUCAUGGACUCAGGGAACAAGGCCAGGACCGUGGCGGCCACCAACAUGAAUGAGACCAGCAGCCGCUCCCACGCCGUCUUCAACAUCAUCUUCACCCAGAAGCGCCAUGAUGCAGAGACCAACAUCACCACAGAGAAAGUGAGCAAAAUCAGCCUGGUGGACUUGGCUGGGAGCGAGCGGGCCGACUCCACGGGAGCCAAGGGCACACGCCUCAAGGAGGGGGCCAACAUCAACAAGUCGCUCACCACCCUAGGCAAGGUCAUCUCCGCCCUGGCUGAAAUGGACUCGGGACCCAACAAGGUAAUAAGCUGCUUCCUUCAGCCCGGGGCAGGGGAGGCCGGCGGGGGGCGGGGGCCGGCGAUG